GCGUGCGUGUGUUUGGAUUAGCGCUGAGGUCAGAAGCCGGAGACCCCCAUUGGACUUUCCCUGAGCCGCACGCUGUUGUAAACUCCUAAAUCAGAUUACUAUACAGAAUGCGCAUUAGAUGGUGAAGCGGGUUUCCGAUCCGGAUUAUCUGUAGAUCUGUGAAUCUGCACCGCGCGGCUCCCGGAGCUCAGCGCAGCCCUGCUGUCCUGACAUCAUCCGGGCGCGCCGCUGGGGUUUGGGCCGCUGGCCUGUGGACUGGGCAGAGAUCCGCAGCCCUGAUUCAGCGCGGCUCUAUCAUCGGGACUCCCCCACAGCAUGCAGCCGGACCGCGGGCCGCUCCACCACAUGCGGGGAUAAUGCAAUGGACGAGGUCAGCAGGAGCUUCUCAGAGCUGAUUACAGGGGUGCUGUCUGUGCGGCUGUCGGGCCUCGCCCCUGCUUGCCACUAGCAUCGCCCGUACCUAGCCUGGAGCGCCAUGAAGCCGGCCCACGAGCGCAACCAGGAGUGCCUACCUCCGAAGAAGCGGGACCUUCCGGUUAACAAUGCCACCAACACCAAUACUACCACCACCACAUCCAACAACAGCAGCAGCAGUAGUAGUAAUAAUGCAGGAGGUAGCGGGGUUGGAGGCAGCAGUGGUGGUGGAGGAGGAGGAGGUGGCAGCAGCAACAGUGGUGGUGGCAGUGGUGGCAGCAGCGAGGAUGCCCCAUCCUCACAGAGCUCUGGAACAGGUGGAGAACCCCAGAGUAGUGGUGAGUGGGUUCGGACUCAGCCUGGGCUCCACUACAGUGUGGAAGGACCAGAAAGCCUAGCUGGGCUGCCUGUGGAUCAGUACAGCAUGCUCUACAAAGUGGCCCUCCCCUCUGUCAGCUAUUCUCCAACCAGCCUCCACCCUGUGCACAUAUCUCCUGCUGCUUACACCAUUCCAUCUCCGCUCCUGCAGCAUCCAGGCAUCCCCUACCCCCCUCUCGGCUACACCCCCAUCCCGCACUCCUCUUUACAGUUCGUCAGUUCACCUUACGCCACCGCCGUUCCCUACGCUGUACCACCAGGUUUUGUCCCCAGCCCCUUAAUAUCCCCUCAGUCCGCAAUCCCCCAGCCACACCCCGUCUCCCACCUGGUCCCCUACCCCUCAGUGAUCCAGGAGGGCGUGGUCUCCUCGCCCCCGCAGCAGCAGGUGUCUACCCACGCCUACGCCAAAGUGGCGGCACCCCCUGGAGGAGGAGUUCCUCUGGUGCUGUCUUCAGAACAGGCCGCAACACAGCAGCAGCAGCAGCUAAGCGCAGUAGGGAUGCUGCCGGCAGCGGAGCUCAGUCCGAGGGGAGUGCCCAUGUUCUACCACCCCUCUGGCAGUGCCAGAGCUGUGCAGCUUCAGAGGGACCCCCAUGGUGGUUCGCUGGAGCAGGAGAGAGAGGUGAAUGGAGGAGAGAGGGAACACGGAGGCAGGGAACUCCACCAAGACGCGGUUUACACGGUCAGGAACGCACGGCCGCCUCAGGCAGCGCCCGGAGCGGCUGCACUCGAACCCCAGCAGGACAGGGGCCUGAAGAGUCGCAGGCAGGAGGGCAGAGGCUCGCCUGGGCAGCGCAGCACCCCAGACAUGGACCUGGAGGUCCAGCAGGUGGUGGGGCGGUUAGCCUCGCCGGUCCACGGUCGCAGAGAGGCGUCCCAGAAUUCACAGCGAAGCCGAGAGGUUCAGGGGGAGGGCAGGACUGCAUAUGCUUCACAGGCCACUGUCCAGCUGGACCCUCGAGCCCAACUUCAUCAACAGCCUGGCCAUGCUGUGAUCUUGGCAAACGGACAGCCGGUUCUGGUGCCCCUGGAUUAUCAUCAUCACCAUCACCACCAUCAGCAGCAGCAUCAUCAGCAGCAGCAGCAGCAGCAGCAGCACUAUCCAGGGCAGCCUAAUGAUUCUGCAGCCACUGUUGCCUCUCCGGUGUUGCACUCCAAAGCCUCAGAUGCUGCGGCUACAGUUGGGCUCCCAGAGCGGGCGGCGGUUGCAGCGGCAGCAGCUGCGGCGGCGGCUGCAGCGGCAGCAGCUGCUGCGGUGGAGCUGCCUUCCCAACAUCCUGCAGUCGGAUCAGUGGCAGGUUUGCCGCAGACUCUUGCAACACAACCUCCGCUGCCUCCUGGUGCCACCACCGGCCCCUCACACUUCACGAAGGGGGCUAUCAUCCAGCUGGCUACGGGCGAGCUGAAGCGCGUGGAGGACCUGCAGACUCAGGACUUUGUUCGAAGUGCAGAAAUGAGCGGAGGGCUCAAGAUUGACUCGAGCAUGGUGGUGGACAUCCGGGGCAGCCAGCAGCGGCCAGGCCUGGUGUCUCUGCACUUCACGGUUGGAGAGCAGCAGAGCAAAGUGACCAUCGACGUUCCUCCGGAGCAUCCUUUCUUCGUCUUCGGCCAGGGCUGGUCGUCCUGCAGCCCGGAACGGACAGCUCAGCUCUACGGACUCACCUGCCACCACCUGCAGGUGGGCGACGUUUGCGUGUCCAUCACUUUGCAGCAGCAGCAGUCGACACCUCAGCAGAAGCCAGCGCCGCUUCCAUCACAGCAGCAACAGCCAAUACAGGCCAGGAUUUCCACCAAAGCCACCAACGCCGCCACCAACUCCACGUCAUUGUCAUCCUCUUCCUUGUCUCAGCCUAUGGGGCCUCCAGCACCCCAGCACAUCCGGCCACAGAGCCAGUUUAAGGUAGAGCGCGUUCACAGGGACAGGGAACGAGAACGACUGGACAAGGAGGAGCCCAUGAUGGUCGUAGGGGCUUCAGGACAUGUUUUGGGACACGCUUCGGGACACGGUGACGUUCCUCCCAGACCGAACAGGACUUCAGUGGAGCACACACGAAGCCAGAGCAGUUACUAUUUGCACACUGAGGGGCAGCAUGCCCGGGCCGGGUUGGCGUUGGCCGCCUCUUCGGCAGGGGCGUCACAGAGACGCUGGUCUGCCCCCGGCUUCCAAAGAUACGCCAUCAAGAGCGAGGACGGCGGCCGAACCCCUAUCUCCGCCACUGUCCCUGGCUCCUCUCGCCCAUCUUUCAUCCCUCAGGAGGUCAAACUGUCCAUCGAGGGGCGCUCCAAUGCCGGGAAGUAGUAGUAGCAGCAGCAACAGCCAUGGCAAGAAGAGACAUGAGCUAACGAGAGAUUGAAAGUCGGCGGGAGGAAAAUUGUGUCAAAUAGUGAGAAGGAGGACAAGGAGGAGCAGGAGGAGAAGAGGACGACGAGAAAAAGAAGGAGCAGGAGAGAGAGAAUGUAGCCUCAGAAUGUUUUGAGAUUUUGCACACGACAGAAGAUUACAUCCCUUCUUCUUCUUUUUCCUUUCAGUUCCUUUCCAGGCUCGAGGGGGAGAGCACUUGAAGUAGUUAGUGCCAGUUCACUGCCAUCAGCUUGUGAUGCCGAGGCCGCGUCCGAACAUCUGCGCUGGCUGCUGUUAGCUGGUAAAUCAUCUACCAAAGCCUUCACGGUCUGCGUUCC